AUGUCGCCUCGAAGGUCGCGGUCCUCAUCAUCCCGGACUGGAGAGUCCAGCACUUCACCCAGUUCUUCUACCCCGUCGCUUGCACACGACAUGUACGGAACACCGCGCAUACAGAAGUCAAACGUUUCGAUCACCCAGAAGAAGCAAACACUCCAGUCGAGCGAAGUGAACAAGGAGUCUUGGGCGGCCGAGAUCGACGGCAAAAUCAGCCUCUUCGAUGAGGAUAUCAAGGAUUUCUUUGACGUCUAUGUUCCGUUCGACAAUCCGUUUGGUGGCUCGCGUCCGUGGUCCGAUCCAGCUGCUGUCUUUGCAGACGUCCCUUCCUCGGGACCGGAGACCGCAAGGUACCCAGCUCAGAUCAAGGCACUCGAGAGCAUUGUUGGCGAGUUCGAAUACCAGCGUAAGCCCCUGUUUGCCAAUGGUAGCAGAUGCAGCGUGAAGUUCCCGUUCCCGAAGUGGGAAGAGGAACACCACUACACAAUGCCAGAUAUCCUGAUGUCGUUCCCGGGCGAAGACGAUGAUACGGGGGGACGUACGUGGCAAAGCAUCUCCAUGGUCUUUGAGAUCAAACCAGGAAAACACGAAGACCCAUUUGGCGACUAUGGGUUGAAACACGGCAAGUUGGCGACGGGCGUACUCACGCAAAUCGCAAAGAGCGCGAGGAACAUCAUGCUGACGCAUGGCAUGCUGUUCGUGUACAUCGUCGGCAUUUACGACAGCAUGGCUCGUAUCUACCGCUUCGAUCACGCAGCGGGAGUCGCUUCCCAAGCGUUCGAUAUCAAGAAGGAUCCCUGGCCUCUUCAUGAACUAAUCUGGCGGUUCUGUCAUCAGCGAGCGCGCGCUGGAGGCCUAGCGGGAGCACCGUUCACCGAUAUGGUCCUUGGCGCGGAUCCAUCGCUUCGACGAGUUACCGAUGAGGACAUCAAGCUGGUCGACGAGGAAUGCUCCAGGACGGGGAGGGACCGUCUCACGGAGGACGAGAAGGAAGCGUGCCGAUGGAUGACCGUGAUACGGUACAACGAAGACGGUUUGGAGGUGGGCGCAACGAGAUAUCUACUCUACCGACUUCGCUUCCUGAACCCACGGCUGUUCUCGCGAUCGACGAUGGUCUGGGACGCGCUUGAGGAAGGGACGUGGCAGCUCUGCGCUAUCAAGGAAGCCUGGAGACAACUGGCUCGUGAUCGUGAAGAUGUGCUGUACGGCCACAUUCGCGACGCGUUUAGCAACCGGCCGUGGUGGGAGAUGAUCGAAGACUACGUUUUCAUGCACUGCAACGACGAGCCAGAAUUGGAGGAGAUGGUGGUGGCGGCGUCGCUCGACAUCGGCGUGACAGAGUUGUAUGGCCUACCGGACGUGGUAUACGGCGAAGACCUCGGCGCACGUGAAGCAGCGAAGGUCCUCUCGAGUUUGGGCAGUUCAUCAGGCUCCGACUCGGAGGUAAGCGAUGCAGACCUCGAUCUGGUCGCCAGCAGUGCAGAUCGACCGCCUGCAUACGACGUCUAUCAUCGUACGGUCUGUGCUUGGCUGAGGGGUAGCAAGAAAGCGAAGUACAACGAACGGAGCCAUAUGCGAUUGGUGAUGAGGACAGUAGGUCGUCCUCUGUCGAGCUUCAAGUCGACAAAGGAAGUCGUCAGGACCCUUCGAGAUGCAAUUCACGGACAUCGCCAGGCAUAUCUUGCAGGCACGAUUCAUCGUGACAUCAGCGAGGGAAAUGUCAUGAUUGUCGAUGAUUGGAUGUGUUUCUUCGUUGGGUUUCUGCUCGACCUGGACUACGGCUUCGAUUGGAAAUCCGCGCUGAAACACGCAGGCUUGCCGGUCAGUGAGGCAAGCUGGAAGGAGUUCGUCGACGUGUACAACAAGAACUUGCCUCAUCUUGAACGGCCUGCGCCUCCUGAGAUAGAUACCCCCAUCCUUGGCCCUGGAAAAGAAGACAAUUUGGGCCAGGACAACAAGGAGACCCGAGAGAAGUGGGAAGCUAGAAUGAGGAUGAAGGAAAGAACAGGCACACUUUACUUCAUGGCCAUCGAGAUACUAGAGACGUAUGUCGCCCAUGACGUUCGCCACGACCUGGAGUCAUUCUUUUGGCUCUUGCUGUGGGUUGUUCUGCGCUACACGAACCACACAAGCUGUCCGCCCUACCACGUGUUUAUCUCGGUAUUCGGCGCACAGGAUGCAGAGGACAGCGCGGCGAAGAAAGCGAGGUUUCUCUCUAGGUCCAUGAAUUGGGGAAUCAAAGACAACGCGCCUCUGACCACACUCGUUCGCAAGUUCAAGAUCCUCUGCUACAAGAAUAUGCCCACAUAUGUCGACCCCUCCAAGAUUGUCGUCCCUCUGACGUACGAGAGCGUAUUGGCUUUGUUCGACGAGGCCCUUGCGGAUCCAUCCUGGCCGGAGAACGACCACGCCCUACCGUUCAAGCUUCCAAACGAUAGUGACACCUCGAAGUCGAAGCAUGAGUCUGCCGCGGCUGGCGGCCCUAGUGGCGAUGAAUCUCGCACGUCGAAUGAGGGCAGGAAACGCACCCGGGAAGCGGAGCAGAGGAAAGGCGCGAACAAUGUCAGGCCUGAUCCAUGGGCAAUGCCUCCGCCUGCUCCCAAGAGGGUGCAGACAGGUCGUCCUAGCCCCUUGCGCUUCGAAGUGAGCGAUUCAGGAGAGGAAAACUAAGUAUUGUGUGUCCUCACCUCGAUAUGUGAUGUUGUGUACGACGAGUAUAUUCUGUCCAGACUGCCGUAAAUGUAGCCGCUGCCCUCUCCGUCUCGCGACUUUUGCUUAUCUAUGUACUCUCGGACUUCUGCGCUGCAAUACAACCCAUCAACUUAUAUACCAAUGACCGGAACGGACAUGUACUAGUAAGUACAUUGACCUGUACAACACC